GCCGGUCGAUUCGCGUUCCCAUUCGUACGUUUCUCACCUGUAUCAUUUCUCCGGAUAUAACGCCGAAAUAUAUACAUAUAUCUCGAACCUUAUAAUAUUUUCAAGUUCGACGAUUAGUGCGACAAAAUAAUAUAAACAUAUAAAGAUCAUUAUCGAAGGUUUAUUUGCAAACGAUUUCGUUAAUUCGCGACAUAUUCUUUUUCCUUUCUUUCAACAUUUUCAUUUUUUUUUUAUUUCUUUCUCUUUCUCUUACUCAAUUGACAAGACGAAGAGAUAUCACAAACAUAUAUAUAUCACGCACGCGGUUAGACGACGGAUGAAACGACGCUGUUGGCAGUGAACGACAACGACGGUUAAGACGAGGACGAAGACUUUGAAGAAGACGAAGAAGACGAAGAAGAAGAGAGAUAGAUAGAUAUCGUCGGAAUAAUUGACGCCUAGUUUCUUUUCUCGUCUGGUUGUUGUUAUUGUUAUUAUUUUAUUGUUUGUUGUCGUCGUCGUCGUUGUCAUCGUCGUCAUCGUUGUGUUCAUCAUCAUCAUCAUCAUCAUCAUCAACAUCAUCGUCGUCGUCAUCUUCAUAAUCAACUUCGUAUCGUCGUCGUAUUAUUUCUUGACGUUUUACCAACGUUAUCACAUCGUAAAAGAAGAUACCGAUCGACACCACCAACGUGUCUGCUUCUUAUAAAGGAUACGCAUAAAUAUCUCUAGGAAAUAUCGAUUGACGAAGAACAGAAAAGUGCGAAAAGUGACGCGAACAUGCCGAUGGAAUUUUUAGAUCGGGUACCCGUGCCCAAUUUACGUGUUUAUACGACCAUCAGCUUCGCCGUACUAUCUUGUUCUGUUUACUAUGCCGCUCAAGUUGUAAAGGAUCCAGCAUGGCGAACAAAUCAUACGAGUAUAGUCGAGGGCAUCAACGACGUAAGCGAAAAUGGCACAACGACUUAUCCAAGAAGUUUCGGUACGCACUUCAAAGAAUUAUUGGCCUUCAUGGUACAGGAUCCUGGCUGUAUUUGGACUUUGAUAAACAUGGUUUACUGCGUGCUGAUACUAGUAGGCAAGUCCAUUCAAAAACUAGUCUUCGGUGAUCUACGAGUUUCUGAGAGGCAACAUCUCAAGGACAAAUUCUGGAACUUCGUAUUUUACAAGUUCAUAUUCGUUUUUGGAGUGCUCAAUGUACAAUACAUGGACGAGGUUAUACUUUGGUGUGCAUGGUUCACAGCACUUGGAUUUUUGAGUCUACUUAGUCAACUUUCUAAGGAUCGAUUCGAAUACUUAUCCUUUUCUCCAACUACCCCAGGAUGGAGUCACGCUCGACUCUUUGGACUUUUGACAGGAAUCCUAGCGUUAUCUACAUUCAUGCUCCUGUUGUGCACUGCAGCGGUUUUCUUUUUAGUGUCCUUUAAUACUUUCGCUUUCAUGGCAGCUGAGUGCAUACUAUUGGCCGUCCGUACGAUUCACGUGAUGUUGCGGUAUGUAAUUCAUCUGUACGACACACGUGGUGCCGGUACGUCUUCCCAACGUUCAUGGGAUAAACGCGGACCUUUGACCUAUUACACGGAUUUGACAUCAGAACUGACCGCUUUGGCCGUUGACUUCUUUCAUCACAUUCAUAUGUUACUUUGGAGCAACAUUUUCCUUAGUAUGGCAUCACUGGUUAUAUGUAUGCAACUACGUUAUCUAUUUUACGAGAUCCAACGAAGAAUCACCAAACAUAGGAAUUAUUUGGCUGUACUAAGCCAUAUGGAACAAAAUUAUCCAAUGGCAUCGCAAGACGAAUUGGCAGAAAAUUCAGAUAACUGUGCCAUUUGUUGGGAGAAAAUGGAGUCGGCACGUAAGUUACCAUGCGCACAUUUGUUUCACAACUCUUGUUUGCAGUCUUGGUUGGAACAGGACACGUCCUGUCCUACGUGUAGAUUGGCACUCAGUAUGCAAGGCAAUCAUAGAGAGAGUACACCCGAAUUACCAUUGGAACCGCAGACACCAACAAGAAGAAACGACAAUCAUUUCUUUCAUUUCGACGGAUCCCGAUAUGUUUCUUGGUUACCAAGUUUCUCUGUUGAGGUUUCGCAUAGUCGAUUACGUGGUAAUAUUUUCACGUCGGCUCAUACCAAUUCUCAAAUGGAUGCAAUGGCCAGACAGGUACAACAGCUUUUUCCACAUUAUCCACGGAAUGUGAUAUUAGAGGAUCUGAGAAUUACACGAUCGGUUGAAUGGACCGUCGAAAAUAUACUUGACGGUGUGUUGACUUUACCUCAUCACUUGAUCGAGGAACCGCAAGCCGAAUUUGUUCCGCAAACGCAAACGACAACGUCUACGGUACAUAUUCUGCCAACUUCGUCGAUUCAAAAUACGUCAGAUCCAAGGCUUGACAUACCCGUUGCUGAUAGCGGUGAGGAACCAUCAAAUCUCGGUGGACGUUUCUCUAAAUCAUCGAUCGAGAGAGAACGCAUUCUACAACGUCGAAAGGAACAUAUGCGUUUGACAGCACGUAGAAGAUAUC